AUGCUUCAAGCAUCAAGAAUGCUGAGCUCAAUAGCCUUGGUUCUCUCCUUGCUUUCAUGUUCCCAAGGAUUCCAAUCGUUACAACACAGUCAGAGAGGACUUCAUCUGCAGGUCUCUCCAUCACCUGCCAUUCGACUGUCCCUAUCAUCAUCAGCAUCAGAUCUCCUCACUGCUGAUGAUGGAACCAUCGCUACCUGGAAUACUCCGUCUGGUCAGACUGUUACGUUGAUCGGCACCGCUCACUUGUCCAAGAAAUCCAACGAACAAGUCAAACAAGUGAUUGAAAAAUGUCAACCCAACAUUGUCAUGGUGGAACUGGACCCUGCCCGACUUUCUCGUAUUGGAAUCAAUAGUGUGGAUGAUAUUCAAUUAGAGGUUGUCACAUCGGAAGAUAUUGAAUUGCCCAAUCAACCUCCCCAACCCUGGUAUUGGCUUGCUCUCAACCUAUUUGCACAAGUUGCCCGAAAAUUCUUGACGGGCAUGUAUAACUCAGCCAGCAAGGACAUGAAGAACAAUGAUGGGGGUGGCGGAGAAUUUCUUGCAGCCAUUCGAUCCGCUGAAGCUUGUCCCAAUUGUCACAAGCUAAUUUUGGGUGACAGAGACUCCGUCACAACCAUUCGACGGACGUUCCAAUUGGCCAUAGAAUCUGGCAAUCCAUUUGCAUUGUGGGGCAAAUUUUCCGAAGCCAACCAACAAGAAAUGGAUGAAAUGCAACGACAAGUGCAGCAAGAACUUGGUGCUGAUGGGAAGGAAGUUGAUAGUGGUGAGCUUCAAGUUGCCAUGAUGGAACGACUCAAGUCUGAUUCAGACUUGAGGGACCGAUUGUUUGCCAAGUUGGAACAAGAAGUUCCAGAGUUUACCCAAGCAUUCUUGAAAGAACGAGAUUAUAUUAUGGGUCAAGCGAUUGGGAGGGAACUGACCCAGGACCCGAGUGUUAAGCAGGUGGUGGCGGUCGUUGGGCUCGCCCAUGUUCCAGGCAUUCAAGCUCAUUUGGAAGGAAUGUUUUCAAAAUAG